AUAUGCAGGACAAAUAUUAAGCCUUGUUCAUAGAAUACAUCAGAGAAUUUAAGCUGGCAAGAGUUUUGGACCAUGUUUUUUUUCAAGCUCUUAUCUGUUUCUUUGUUUUUCUUUUUCUUUUUCUUUUUCAUCUUUUUCUUUUCAGCAACAUCUGAGGAUCUUGGCUUUGACUACAAUGGCUUCAGAAAUGCUCAAAAUUUGAGUCUUAACGACACGGCGGAUAUUACACCUGGAGGCCUCUUAAGGUUAACCAACACCGAUUCCAAUCAUCAAAUUGGUCAUUGCUUCUACUCUGAUCCAGUUCAAUUCUACAGUAACUCAUCCCCAGCAGCCAAUAUGGGUAAUACUACUCCUAUAUUCUCAUUCUCAACUUCUUUCGUCUUUGCCAUUGUCUCCGAGAGUAACAUAAAUGGACAGGGGCUUGCUUUUGUUAUUGCACCUCAUAGAGGGCUGCCUGGAGCUCUACCAAACCAAUUUCUUGGUCUAUUUAAUGAUUCAAACAAUGGAAAGUAUGAGAACCAUGUUUUUGCAGUGGAGUUGGAUACUAUAAACAACAUUGAGUAUGACAUGGAUAACAACCAUGUCGGUAUUGACGUCAACGGCUUAAAGUCUGUUAAGGCUGAAUCUGCUAAGUACUACAAUGAUAAGAACGGUGGGUAUAAGAACCUAAUUCUAAAAAACGGGAAAAUCAUUCAAGUUUGGGUAGAAUAUGAUGGGUCAGAGAAGCAAGUUAAUGUAACCAUAGCUCCAAUUGAGGAACGCAAGCCAUCUGUUCCUUUGUUAUCCCUGCACCUAGAUCUUUCAAAUAUUUUCUUAAACCUCAUGUAUGUGGGAUUCUCAUCAUCUACUCAAACGGUGGAAACAUUUCACUAUAUACUAGGAUGGAGCUUUAAGAUUAAUGGCGUAGCUCAAGAGUUCAACCUCUCUAGCCUUCCUGGACUUCCAAAACCUAUGGAGAAAGCUAUGAUGUUGACGAUAGUGUUGUCAAUAAGUAUCCCAAUUACUUUGAUAAUAACAAUAUGUCUGGGCAUCUUUUUCUUCCUAAGGAAGAGAAAGUUCGCAGAGUUGGUAGAGGAUUGGGAAGAAAUUUAUGGGACACAUAGGUUUUCAUUUAAAGAAUUAUACAAGGCUGCAGACGGGUUUGGAGAGGCAGAGAUUAUAGGGAGGGGUGCCUUUGGUGAAGUCUACCGAGGUGUAUUAUCUAAUCCUCGAAAGGAAGUCGCCAUCAAGAAAGUCAUGCAUGAUUCGAGACAGGGCAUGCAACAAUUUAUUGCAGAAAUUGUAAGCAUUGGCAAGCUUCGGCACAGAAACUUAGUGCAACUCUAUGGCUAUUGCAGACGAAGGGGAGAGCUACUUUUAGUGUACGAGUUCCUUCCUUGUGGAAGCUUAGAGAAGUUUAUCUUUCCAUCUAGUUCGAGUGCAUCGUCGUCAUCGUCAGCUAGAGCAACACUUGAUUGGUGUCAAAGAUUUAAAAUAAUAAAGGGAGUAGCCUCAGGUCUAGUUUAUCUACAUGAAGAAUGGGAAAAGGUUGUAAUUCAUAGGGAUGUGAAAGCAAGCAAUGUUUUGUUAAAUGCUGGAAUGGAGCCAAAACUGGGUGACUUUGGCCUUGCAGUGUUAUUUGAUCAUGGAACAGGUGAUGCUCUUACUUCUAGGAUUGCUGGCACACCAGGUUAUAUCGCACCGGAAAUGAAUAGAAGUGGGUUAGCAUCAACGUGUACUGAUGUGUAUGCAUUUGGGGUUUUCUUGCUUGAAGUUGUAUGUGGGAAAAGACCAGUACAGAUAAGAACAGACGCAACAGGUGUCCGUUCGAUUUAUCUGGUCGAUUUGGUUCUGUCUUGUUGGAAGAACGGCACUAUUCGUGAGACUGCUGAUCCAAGUUUUGGAAGUGAAUACGUAGCAGAAGAGAUUGAAUUGGUUUUGAAACUUGGGUUGCUAUGUACUCAUACUAAUUCUGAUUUUAGACCAACCAUGAGACAAGUCGUGCAGUAUUUGAAUGGAGAUGCUGCUCUGCUUCAAACAGAUUUAUGGGUCCUUGAUACGAGUGAUACACUGAGUAAAGCAUUCUCGCGAGUAAACAUGGGAGACUUAUACCCUUGCUCUGCAGGCAGCACUUUCUCUGCAUCAUCGUCCACCCCCAAUGAGUCAGUGCCAUCUGGUCCCCGUUGAUUUGCGUUAAAGUCUCCAGAACCAAAAAUACAGUCUCCAGACAGAUUCCGCUGGAGGUCUUCAUACACAAAAUCUGUACCCUGUUCUUAUGUUAGUUCCAAAUAGAAGAAUCUGUUUAACAUUAACUUUAUUCUCCGCCCAAUGUGUAUAUCUUUGGGGCAGAUAAUCUUUUUUUUUUUUUUAAUUUCAAAACUCUUUGUUUUCCGAUUGUGAGGCAAUGGUUGAUGAUAAUUGG